AAUUGCUUUUGGAAUCAACCAAUGAAUAUUGCUAAAUUGACAGGUGUGUUGCAAUCUUGCAACAUUCAGGAGAAAACAACAUCCGGUUUGACUGUAAUUGUCCUUCAGUUGCGGUUUAGUGACUCGAUCGAUGUAUUUUAAUUGAUCGUGCAUGGUGUGCAAGAAACCUGAUCGUUCAGAUUCCUUUUUCUCAGAAAGGAGCUACACAGUAAAGGGUUUAUUGAGAGAGUAUUUUAUGCUCUUUUUACUUUGUAUGUAAACUUUGUACCAACUGUAUUCGACUUGAACAAUUCAAAUUGACGAUGCAGAUGAAAUACAAUUUGAACUUUUAUAUUGUUUGGGUGUCGUGUUGUGUUGCUUUGUCGCCUUUCGGUAUCUCUUCAUCUGCGUACUUGCAAAAGGCAGGUGUCCUUGAAGCGGGUUGUCUACAUAAUAUGACCGCGAACAACACUAUAAGCGAUUUUAUGUUUACUCCGGAGGAAGAGAAAUCUUUUUUGCUUGAACUAUAUCGACAAACUGGCGGUUCCCACUGGUAUAACCGAAGUGGAUGGAACAAUAGCUCCCAAAACCAUCAUUGUACCUGGUAUGGUAUACAAUGCUACGAAAAUAACAGUUACGUCAAAUCCAUUGACCUCACGGGAAAUAUGGUGCAAUACCAACCGCCCAAUUUUUGGCGGUUUAGAAAUCUACAAUGUUUAUGUUUAACACGAAACAAUGGUUUGUAUGGUCAAAUAUCAGAUAUCAUUUCCGUCAACAUGACACGUUUGCGACGCGUCAGUUUGUCGUUUACAGGUGUUUACGGAAAGGUCCCGUGGCAUUUGAUUUUAGAGCUUUAUAAUUUGGAGAAAUUGCAGUUAUGUUGCAUGACUAGUAAGUGGAAACGAUUAUCGGGAGAACUCCCUCGAGAUAUAGGGCGCUUAAGCAAAUUGCAGGUUUUGAGUCUGGGUGAAAAUAAUAUCAGCAAUACCGAUUUACCAAAGAGCAUCGGUAAUCUGGUGAAUUUGUGGUUUUUGGACUUGGAAUACGUCAAACUAAGGAGUGGUGAUUUGACAUAUUUUCAAAACAUGACCCAUUUACAGGAAUUGCAUCUUACCAACUGUGGGCUAAAUGGAACAAUUCCUGAUGAUUUUGGUAGAACUCACCCAAAAUUAAUCCAGUUUCAUCUAUAUGGAAAUCAUUUGAGUGGUGAACUUGGUACGUGCUUUUCUGGUUUAAAAAUUAUAAAACAGAUUGUGUUGGGGUCAAAUCGGUUGUUGACUGGAAAAUUACCAAGGUCAUUGUGCGGACUUCACACAUUAGAAGUUCUUGAUCUGUCAAGGAAUAAUUUUACAGGUAUGGAAGAAAAUUUUACGUUUGGCAAACAGCUUCAGAACCUAUACAUUCAUGAAAACGUUAAUUUUAAUUCGGAAGGUAAAGCCAUCCUCAAGGCUUUACAACCUUCUCGCAAUCAGUUACGUUUGCUUAUUGCACAUAAUGCUGGACUAAAUGGCUCAUUGCCGAUCAAGUUUUGGAACUUUCCAAAGGUAAUGUACAUUGACUUGAGUAAUAACACCUUGACUGGAGCUGUGCCUUCGUAUAUAAUGGCAUCUCUUUUCUACCUAAAGCUUGCAUCUAAUAAUUUCACGGGAUCUCUUUCGAAACUUUUUCUUUCGUCGUUAAAAACACUAACGUAUUUAAACUUGCAAGGAAACGAUCUCAUGACCAGCAAAAGAGUUGUUACGCAGUGGGAGUAUUUUAAACCGUCAUUCAAAGAGACCAUUCCGCAUGGUCACUACACUUGUCCGACCUUUAUCUUGACGACUACAGGGGGUAAGGUUGAGUUGGAUCCCGCUUAUUACGAUUAUUCGGAAUGCUUUUGUGCAAAUGGUUUUUACGGCUUUAAGAAGUUUUGCAAGCCUUGUAUGGAAGGAGGGUGGUGUAAGGUAUUUACCCCACCAAAUAAACCUUUAGUCGGUGGCAACAAUUUAAACAUGACGAUCAAGAAAGGAUAUUGGCCGUGUUGUGAUGGUUUUUCGAACGUUACUCGUAUGGUUAAAUGUAGUGGUCACGAGAAAGUGUUUGAUGAAGAAAUUUGCAACCCAUCAGGAAAAUGUCAAUGUAAACUAACACUCGUGAACGGUCGGCCUCAAACAGUUUGUGAUAAGUCGUGUAUUUGUCUGCAUGGGAACGAAGGCCGUUUUUGCUCUAAAUGUAUUACCGGAUAUUAUAAGAUAGGAUCAAUUUGUAAGCGUUGCCCUAAAUUCUUUAGUAAUUUUCCAGUUAGUUUGACGGUUGCUUUCUUCCCGGCUUUUUUAAUUGUAAUAGGUCUUAUAGUUCUUUACAGGUAUUUUAAAACGUUGACAUUAGUUCUAGCGUUUCUUUUCUCGGUCGCACUUGUUGUUCUACAUGGACUUCAGGUGGUAACAGGCUGGUUUUAUGCGAUACUUGCUUCUAUUUGGAUUUUGGCUAUAUUUUUAUCGGGGUCGAGCGAUGGUUUGGAGAGUUUUCUGUACAUAGCUGUUUUCUAUUUCCAGUCUUUAGACGCCAUGUUUACCGACGCAAACAUUUGGCCAAGAAAGAUAGCUUCUUUGAAAUACCAAAUUACCAGGAUAUUUAAUUUCGACCUUGAUGACUUAGUAUGUCAUUUUGAAAACGUAAAUCGUCCCGAAUGGAACUUUGCCAUCACUCUAUCUGUACCAGUUGGAAUUGUGUUGGUGAUUUGGUGCUCGUAUGUCUUUGGUAAAGUUGUUUGUUCCUUUCGGCGAAUUUCUUAUUUGAAAAGUACCACGUGCAAGUAUUUGACAGUUCAAGUCAUUUUGUUUUUUUACUUUCCCAUCAGUGAAAAGACUCUCUAUGCUUCUUGGCCGUGCGAACAUCGAGAUGGGCUGAUGUAUUUAAAAAUGAAACCUUGGUUAGAUUGUCAUGGUUUUUCAUUCGAUUGUUUGCGCAUUUUAGGCUAUUGCUCGCUCGUUGUAUUUGUUAUUUCGGUACCUUUCUUUGUGUUCCUUCCAUUGCUGUGGGGAAACGUGGACAAAGAUGGGAAAUAUGACAAAAAUUCCCACGUCUGGUUAAAACCUUUGUACGAAGAAUUCAAACCGAAAUAUCGGCGCUAUUUUCCAUUGCUCUAUCUUUUACGACGUCUAGUUUUGGCUAUUUUAUUAACUGUCGUCAAAACAUCUUCAUCUGCUCAAAUCAUUUUGGUCACACUUCUCUUGUUGAUGUUUAUUGUGAUCAAUUUAAUUUGCCACCCCUACAAACAGUACUCUAACAAGUUUGAGUUUGAAACAUUAGCAGAUGUGGUCGUUUGUGCUGUUUUACUUCUAUCUUUCAUCUCUUUGGCUUUGUUGAGAGUGUCGAAAUACCACGACGAAUCGUUUGUUUGGUUCAUAGUCUUCACAAAUGGCAUUGUUGUUGUAGCAUGUUGUGCUGGAAUAAUUCUUUUGUUGCUAGUGAAUUUGUGUUCGCCAAAUGAGCCUAUCAACGUAUACGAACUACAGCAGAAAUAAUAUAUAACGUGGCUAUCUAGUUACGUGAAUACAAAACUGUAAAUUUUUCGCAGUCGACCUUUGCUGCCUUGUGAUGUCAUCUGAAUGCUAAUUUCCGCGAAACUAAAAAGUAAUAUUUACAAAUAGAUGACUCAAUGCACACUGAUUGUUUCAGACCUAUAAAGCACAUUGCAACUAAAUGGUUAGCAUGGCUUACAAUCUUUUGUGUAUUUUUGAGUUAUGCAGAAAACUGCUUUUUGGGGGAUUUAAAAAUUCAAAUAGCUGGUAAUUAUGAUAUAAAUUGUGCAUUCUAAGUACGUUCCUUAAAAUAAACUGUAUGGUAUUUAUUAUCAAUUUUGAGAGGCUACAACUCUGAUUCGUAGUCUUCUCCAUUUGGCCACAAGGCCCCUUGCUUCACUCAUACAGCUGCAAAUACGAAAAAUUCUAGUUUUAAGAACAUAGCUGUUCUUUAAUCAUUUUAAAAGAUACAGUUUUUGACAUAUAUUUUUUACAAACCUUAUCAAUUUAAAAGCUCUAAAAAUUAUUUGAAGCUGUUUAUGGGAAAAAUUUAGUUAUUGCAUUGUAAAACAGUUCUUUAUUAAUAAUAUAUAAGACUUUCUAGCCAUGAAUUUGGAACGUCUUCAACUGCAAUUUUAUAAGUUUUGUUCUCUCAUUUUUACUGUUACUCUGUCAUAUAGAAUACUAUACUAAACUUCAAAACACAAAAACCUUGCAAAUAAAAAAAUAAAAAUA